CUACAACAGCAGCAGCUCCAGCUGCAACAACAACAACAACAGCAGCCAAUACAAUGGACAACACAACAACAGUUGACGGUUGUCUGCGUUAUAGACACACAGCUGGGCGAUAAUCUCAAAGAUCGAGAAUGUGCCCUGGAAGAAAUUCAACAAGCCGUCCAGGCUGUGGGUGCAAAUUUUCAACGUGUCCUGUUCGACAAAUUGGAUUUUGGUGAAACGAAAAAAUUGGAAACAUUUUACAAUGCCGAUGUGGCUGUUAUUGAUUUAAGCAUACAAUCACAUCAGCGAUCAUUAUCCUAUCAUUUGGGCGUGCGGGAAUCUUUCAAUAUGAAAGAGAAUAUAUUAAUCUAUAAUGAUGUUAACUCCAAGCAGACACUAAGCUUAAAGCUCUCAUUUCCCAACUACACAUUUUUAUCGUACAAAUACAAUCCGGAAUAUGGUGUGUGUAAUCUGACAAAUUUCAACAAAGAACUACCGGCCGAUACAAAGUUACCCACAUUACAGGCGAGGCUUAAGCGUCUGCUGCAAGAUGUGGAAAUUCAGUCAAAGGCUCACAUGCGUGAAAAAUUCCUGGCUGAUUUGCGACAAGCCCGUGAAACCUAUGCCACCAACACAAAGAGAUUACAAAGUAUUCUGCAUGAAAUGCGCAAACGUCUGGAUGACGGUCAUGUGUUGUCAGGAGAAGUGGUACACAGUUUUAUGUGUUCACUGCGAGAUGUCCAAGACUACGAUGCCAUGGUGUGUUUGGUAAAUGAUUUGAAGAAUAUUCCAAACACCAGGAAAUAUGUGGAAACGGGAAAUAUGAGUUUUCUCUAUGCCUUCGCCUUAAAUCGCCGAAACAAGAAAGGUGAUCGUGAAAAAGCCUUAGAAUCGUCGCUUAAAGCAUUGGAAAAGAAGGAAAAUGAAUUUCCUGAUAUGUUGUGCCUUUGUGGUCGUAUCUAUAAGGAUAUAUUUGUUGAAUCCGAUUACACAGAUACGGUCAGUUUGAAAAAUGCCAUUAAAUGGUAUCGUCAAAGUUUUGAGGUUCAGCCAAAUGAAUAUGCUGGCAUUAAUUUGGCCACCCUUUUGGUUAUCGAUGGUAAAGAGUUUUCCAAUACGGAAGAGCUACAACACAUCGGAAUGACUCUUAACAAUUUAAUUGGUAAAAAGGGUAGCCUUUCUUCGCUAACAGAAUAUUGGGAUGUGGCAACAUUUUUUGAAAUAUCUGUCUUAGCUGAAGAUUAUGCCAAGGCCAUAAAGGCAGCGGAAUGUAUGUUUAAGCUGAAACCACCGGGGUGGUAUUUAAAGUCCACCAUUGGGAACAUAAGUCUUAUACAUCGGUUUCGCAAAAAGGGCGAUGAUCAUCAGCCCACCAUUGAGGAGCAAAUAUUUCAAUUUUGGAUGGAUUUCUUUUUGGAUGCCACCGAUAGCAGUAAGAUAAGUAAUAUACGAUUUCCCAUAUUGAUUUUGGAACCCCAAAAAAUCUAUAUGCCCAGUUAUGUCAACAUCAACAUGGACGCCGAGGAGAAGUCCAUACAAAUAAUCAACAUUUGCCUCGCGCAUGCCAAAAAUGAAUGUAAAAAAGUCCAUGAUUUUGUUUUCACUGCCUCCCAGAUUAAAUCGGUUAGCUUGUAUAAGCGUGACGAUCGUUGUGCUUACCUUUAUGUUCAUCAUAAUUCAGAUGAUUUUCAAAUUUAUUUCCCCUCCACCGAAUGUCGUCAACGUUUCUAUGAGCUAAUAUUAGAAAUGGUGUCGGAUCAAGAUGUCUUUGUCAAUCUGAAUGAAGAAGAAACACCUCAAAUUGAAUACGAAUAUGAUUAUGAUGAUCAAAAUCGUAAAAUAAUAUUAGGUAAAGGUACUUAUGGUACGGUCUAUGCGGCUCGAGAUAAACAUACACAAGUUAGAAUAGCCAUAAAGGAGGUGCCCGAAAAGAAUUCACAAGAAGUCCAACCACUGCAUGAAGAGAUUAAAUUGCAUUCACAGCUGAGGCAUCGUAAUAUUGUGAGGUACCUGGGUUCCCUCUCCGAAGAUGGCUAUUUCAAAAUCUUUAUGGAACAAGUUCCUGGUGGUUCACUCUCCGAUCUGUUGGAAAAGAAAUGGGGCCCCCUGAAGGAUAAUGAAUCAACAAUGGCAUUUUAUUCCAAACAAAUCCUCGAAGGUCUUAAAUAUUUACAUGAACAGAAAAUCGUACAUCGAGAUAUCAAAGGUGAUAAUGUGCUGGUGAAUACAUAUAGCGGUGUGGUGAAAAUUUCCGAUUUUGGUACAUCGAAACGUUUGGCUGGCAUUAAUCCAAUGGUUUCAACCUUUACGGGUACGCUCCAAUAUAUGGCCCCCGAAGUAAUUGAUUUGGGUUUUCGUGGUUAUGGUCCAGCUGCUGAUAUUUGGUCAUUUGGUUGUACAAAUGUUGAAAUGGCAACGGGGAAGAGGCCAUUUAUUGAAUUGGGUUCAGCACAGGCGGCAAUGUUUAAGGUGGGAUUCUACAAGAAGCAUCCAACAAUACCCGAUGAGCUAUCACAGGCUGCUAAGAAUUUCAUUCUUCGAUGUUUUGCCAUCCAGGAGAAUGAAAGGCCAACGGCAGCCCAGCUACUGGAAGAUCCCUUCCUGACAGAUAAACAUCGCAAAUUGAGGUUAGGACCACCCUCAACGUCAGAUUUCAAUCGCAGUAUUUCAGUGCCAGCUGAUCGUUUGGUUAGCAGGCCCAAAUCUGGUAAUACCCCCACAACACCAGAGAUAGAAGGUUUCCACAGUACCUCCGUUGAUAUUGAAAAUCUUCCCAGCCAUCAAUCGCUUACCAUGACAAUGGAACGUCGUAACUCUUCCGGCACUUUGCUGUCACCCGAAAUUGAAGUCUCCACACCCUCCUUGCGCACCGGUGCCAGUUCCGAGACCAGUGAAACUAAUGAUUUUUAUCAUCUCAAAAAAGAAUCUCAACGUCGUACUACUCUCUCCAAAGUCCUGACGACGGAUGAGUCAAAAAUAUGCGAUUUAUGGUUGGAAAAAUUGAAUGAAGAACACAAUAAUAUUGUGGCCCUAACCAAAGCAGAAUUGCAAAAACUCUUAAGUGGCAUACGAGAAUAUAUUAUGAAUGAAAAAGAGAAACAUUUAGAGGCUUGCAUAAAUAGCUUAAAGGAAGAACUCAACUAUGAUGCUGCUGCAUUGGAUCAUUUGCAUUUGGCCUUGUAUUCAUUUCAAGAUGCCGUUAUCUCAGUGUUGAGAUUACACUCCAUCAAACCUCAUUGGAUGUUUGCUUUGGAUAAUUUAGUCAAACAGGCGGUACAGGCUUGUGUUAUGAUUCUCUCUCCCGAAUUGGGUGCCAAUCUACUGGGUAAAGAUCCCUCACUUAUCGACGACGAAAGUGUACACAAUCAACAACACACAUCGACAGAUAGUCAAGAGAAAAUGAUCGCCUAUGAAGCGGCUCAUGCCCAAAGCACUACACCAGCAAUGGAUGAAGAUAGUAAUAGUUUUUCUUCCACCGAAUGUGUACGGCUGUUGCGUGACAUUAAAGAAUCAAAUCGUAAAUUUCAUUAUCAGCAUUUGGAACAUCAAAAACAAAGUCUUAAAGCUCUGCAGAAUAUCAGCAAAGAAUUGGCUCAUUUCUAUAUGGGUCGUAAGAGGACUAGAAGAUCACGCUACAGCUCGGCGGGUAGUAAGAAGCCUAAUCGUCAAUAUAAGAGACAAUUUGCAAGGCGUUCGUUUAGUAUAUACAAUGGUGGUCUACAGGAAGUCGAUGAACAACUCGAGGAAUGGUUAACCCGCAAUGAUGUCGAUGAAAUAUCGAAAAAUGUUAUCCUUAACGAGGGAUUCUCCUAUGAAGAUUUUAUUUACAAUAUGGAUAAAUUGGAUUUAAUGCGUUUGGAAUUAAGAUUGGGUAUUGAAGUACGCCUAUGGUCGCUAAUCACACAAAUUCGGGCACAAACAGUGCCAAUGAAUAUCGGCAGUAGUUCGACAGAUGAACGGCAAUUGACAAACUCAACUUCCUAUGUAAAUAAUAAUAUUGCCUAUAGCAAUAAUACCAUGUUAAAUAAUUUAAAUAACAAUAACACUACUACAACAACAACAAACAGCAAUAACAACAACAAUAAUAAUAAUUCUGUGGCCUUAAAUCAUAAACCAACACGCAGCUCCUUAAGACGUAACAGUAGCAAACGUUGUGACAGUGAAUAUGAUUCGUGUAGUGAAUAAGUUCUGUACAAAAAACAACAACAAU